UAGCUAGUUAACACACACAGGGGGUGCACACAGAGCCGGAUUACUCAACAGGGACGGAGUGAGCAUUUUAAGCAGAUAACGGGAAGGCCGCUAACUGGCACGCUUUUCCUCAUGUCGUUCUUCAAUAUGCGUGUCAAACCCGCAAAAAUACGAGGAAAGAAAAACGCAGAAGAAUCAAAGCUUUGAAGUAGUUCGACUCUCCGUUGAGUUGCCACAAGACAAGGCCGGAAACGAGGUCACUUUGCCUUCACAAUAAAAGGGUCAGGUUUUCUUUCUUUCCAAAUUUAAAUUUGCUUUAGUGGUCUGACCAUAAUUAAGCACAGUAUUUCCAAAGCAUGUUUACAAUGUAAGUGUAAUAAUUCAGAAUGCAAGAAAAGCAGACAGUAAACGUUUGGACAUUACUUUACUGUAUACACUGUGUAACAUAGUACAACAUCAUGGGGGGGCUGUGGCUUGGAGGUAGAGUGGGUGGAAGUGUCCUGAGCAAGAUACUGAACCCCAAAUUGCACCCAAAGGCUGUGCCGUGUGUGUGUGUGUGUGUGUGUGUGUGUGUGUGUGUGUGUGUGUGUGUGUGUGUGAAUGAGCAUCGGUAACUCCUUCGGACGAGCAGUUGGCGGUAAUACACCCGCCAAGUGUGAAGUCGAUCGGAUGAGGUUGUGGAGAAAAUUGAAGGACAUGCAGACAGCGACUCCUUCCAUCUCACAUUAAACAAAGGAAUCAGUCUGUCUGUAUGUGUGUGUGUGACUGCGCUCCGCAUAUCACACUUCACACUUGUUGGGUGUAUUGCUGAGGACCCGCAGGAGUGCAGUGUCGAGUGUGAAGUCGAUAGGGUGAGCGGUUCUCGACAACGCUGCAGUCAGCACUUCCGGGGGGGCCAAGCAAUCAGCCUGCCCCGAACGCGGACCCACAGAAUCCAGGAAAGGUUUUGUUUCUGAAACUUACGGUUCAAGAGUUACAGGCCAUAAUGUAAAGUUUGUUGUAAUAGUGCCACCAUCCGGCCAAACUGCACCAAAAUCGACCCUGCGCUCCCUCGGGUCCUCAGCAAGACACCCGCGUGAAGUGGUGGUGUGAAGAGACCGGAUGAACAGUUGUCAAGAAAACUUAAGGACAAACAUACGUACAGACAGACAGAGAUCCCUUCCUUAGUUAGAUAUCCAUGUGUAUAUUUUUAUUCUUUAUUUUUUACUAAUUUGUCUACAUUUGGUUUUCCUUUUUAUUUGUUGCUCAUUGUAGUGUGUGUGUGUGUGUGUGUGUAGUAAUUAUAGUGUAUUUUUUCUUACAUCCUGAGUUAUUACAUUUCCAUUGUAGAAACGUACAUUUUGCUUUGGCAAUACUGCAGGGAAUUAUAUGGUCAUGCCAGUAAAGCAAAUUUGAAUUUGAUGUAAGAGUCUAGUGAAAAUAACAGCUACCAAUCACGUCCAUUUAGCUAAUAGGUAACUGGAAACUAGCAGUAUGACCUCUAAACAGUGUUACGUCACAACCUCUGAGUUGUAUUUUGAAACUCACAACCGGAAGCCGGUAUGUGUGCGUGUGUAACUUGACGCUGGUACCUGUCAAACAGUCUGCUGGUCACCUCAGUGUUUUGCCGAAAUGCCGGCUCCAGCCUCACAGGGCUGAAGACUCACGGCAGUGCACCAGCUUUUAGAAGCGAAAUAUAUGUUGUAAUAGCUAUGUUAUGUUGUUAUAAAAUAGCAGUUUUAUACGUGACCUUGCGUUAAAGGACUGAGCACCGGCAUACACAACGUUUUUCUCUGCCGAAGAUCCGGGGGAUUUACUCUUCUCUGCAGCGCCCUGCAUUGCAACGGAAUGGGAGCUGAAUGAACUGAAAGCCGGACGUGAUGGACCAGGAACAACAGCGGGAAUAGAAGCCUGCUGUAGCCUGAUAUAGUGCUCAACGCCAGCAUGACCUACAUACCACAGAGCUUAAUGGCCUGUCUUCAGGACAUCUCUGCUGUAUGGACACAUUAGACAGUAACUAACGUCCUGUUCAACCUUGUAACACAGUAACAAGUGACCUUCAUUAUUAUUUGCUACUGCAGAACUAUGCAUAACAAGACACCUGAAUGUGCAUAUGACUGAACAAAGAGACUCAUCCAUGCCGACCAUGUCCUAUGCAAAAAAGGGGAACAAGAUAAACUGCAUGAAAAACAUUGUGCUGGAUCUUUUGCUGACCUUUUGUAACGCUCUGGGGUCAAGAGGAAAUCAAAAGGAAAAACUAACCAAGCGGGUGGCCUGAGGCUGCUGAAUACUACACUCUCCCUGCCAUUUUCUCUCAGUGUACUGCCGGACUCUGCACCAGCUCUGCUCUUUGGAUUAGCGUACAGCUCAUGAGGCCUGCAAUGGAGCCGGGAUCAAAGGUCCAAAGAAGAGCAGGGCUGAAAGGCAGUUUCUAGCCGGAGCAGCCUGCAGAUGCCUUAUCUACUCAGCAAGAGAUUGUAUGGUGGUGAUCACUAAUUAUGCUGUGGUCAGCAAUAAAGUCAACAGCCAAGCAAUAAAAACUGAAGUGCUUUGCAGGAAAAGUCAGAUCCAAAUCGACAUUUUUAGCUGUCAGCAACAUAAACUGUCGCCACUAUGCUUCUGAACUGCGGUCAGCAGCUACCUCUUCUGAGGCAUACGGACGUGCCGCCUCGGGUCAUAGAAAACUUCAUCCUGACUGGCUACCGCUUCCCAAACUACAGCCUGAGGGAUUGCUUACUAUCAGCAUUCAGGCCCACCAAUGAAACAGGCAACUUCUGGACACACUUCCUCGCAGUUUUCAUUUUUUCAUACUAUUUUGUGGAGGUGUUUGGUUGGGAAGGUGCACCACCUGGUGACGCCCCGUUCUUCUAUCCGUUGUGGAACUACUUUAUUGGGGUGUUCUGUCUCCUAAUGGCUAGCAGCAUGGCCCACCUGCUCAACUCAAUGUCUCUGGUGGUAAGAGAAGUCUGCUUCUUCGUGGACUACGGGACUAUCAGCUCCUACACGGUUGGCUCAUCGUUGGCGUACUACUACUAUAUCCACCCUCGGGCAGGGAUAGUGGAGACAGGAGGCCACAAUGGCUCCCAUAUGGACUUGAAAGAUGACGCUGCAGGGGCUUUUACAUCAUCCUAUGCAAUUCCAGAGUUCAGUGUGUUCUUUGAGACCUUCUAUAUCCCGUGCGCAUGUGUUGUAGCAAUCAUUUGCGUCUUAUCUUGCUGCAAUACUCGCCAGAGGUGGAGGCAGCAUCGAUACAUCAUCCGAACCUUUGUUUUCCUCCUCCCGUUCAUCAUCUCUUCCACACCGGUCUUCUACCGCCUCCUCACCAGAUCACCUUAUUCCACCACCUCCUCCUCCUUCGUUGCUUCCACUUCCACCUCCAGCUUCUUCUAUCGCCACUGCCUCUGGCUGCUGGUAUCAGCCGUCUUCAACAUCAGCAAGUUCCCAGAGCGGCUCGCCCCGGGUCGCUUUGACAUCUGGGGGCACAGCCACCAGUGGUUCCACUGUUGCACAUUUUUGUCCAUCCUCGACGAACUCCACAUGAUCAAGGCUGAGGUGAGGGCAAUCCUGCUCAGCCCGAGUCUGCUGCUGCCCUCUGCCACCCUCUCCCACCUACCUGGACCUACCAUAGCUUCCACCUACGGGGUGAUGCUCUUCCUCCAGACCACCAUCGUCUCCAUCAUUGUGUGGUUUUCCUGGCAUGCAAACUGCAUCUACGGACCCCAGAGAGACCAGCUAGCAAAGGAACACCCCAAGAAACACCUAAAAUGUCACUGAUCACAAAGACAAAUUUUUUUUAUCAUCCAAACUGUGAAGGAAUAUUUGCACAUGCAUACAGAGCCAUGCCACAAAGAGAAGCGCACAAGUAAAACAAUAUUUCCCUUCUGAUUUCCUCAUAUGUUCCAACCCCUUUGAGAGCGUUUGUCAAGCUUUCACAAGGGGAAAUUGGGGACAACGGGAGCUGAAUGGAUUAUAUUCUGAGCUCACCACAGGGUGGCUGUCUGGUUGAGUGAAUAUUGAAAGACCUUGCCAGUUCUUUCCCCUGAGCUGCUCCAGCAUGUUCCAACAGGAUGUCUGAGCAGUGGGAAUAAUUACAACCUGUACACUUGAGGACAGAGGAAAGGUGUUGGUACCCAGGAGAACACAUGUUCCGUAUAACAUUUGGGUAAUGUGGCUUAAAUGUCAGCAUGACCCUUUACAGAAGUUGCUGAUGUGUUGUCUAUUGUCACGUAGUUCCUUCUGUUGCACUUCCCCUUCCUCUGACCGUAAACUGUAUCUUUCUAUGCCAUGGUUGCAGUUGAACCCAUUGUUUCACAUGGAAUUAAUCCUUUUUUCUGACCUUUGUUACCCAUACCUUCUCUUACUCUGACUUACAUAAAUGCUCACACGCAAUCUCAUUUCCUCUCUUUCCAAGUGAUCCUUGCAGCAGGAAGUGUGGUGGCCUUGACGACGCAACAGAAAUAGCUGAGAGCUCAUAUCAGUCGUUCAGUAAAACGCUUUCAGGGGGUCGGUCAAACUGGCUCUGUCAUUAAGAAGCCAUGCUCGCUUUUUAACCUCAAAGGACGUGCAACUUUUCUGAAGCAUAAAAUGAUGUCCUGCGGACAUGUUCUGUGGGGUUAUUUAAAUGUGAAAUGUAUUCAUAGGGCAGUGAAUACAUCUGCUGUAUGUAUUGUUUUCAUUACACUGAUGACUAGUUCCCCAUAGAUUAUGUUCACACUGUUUAAAGUGCUCUAGUUCAGAUUAAAUGUGAUGUAAAUGUGAUGUUUUCUAAUCAGUGUGAAAAGCUUACUGGGUUUUUCUGGAGCACAUGGAAUGGGUACGCAUUCUGUACAUGCAUUUGCUGACAGCUCAUGUUAGUAAAAUCUCAUUUAAAAAAGAUUCCAGUUUAAAAGCCUGCAUUGUGAACACAGAUUAAAUGAGGACGAUAAAACCAGAGGCUGCUUUUCACGGAGGCUUUUCAUGUCGUGAUGUACAGCAACCUCUCAGAGCAAAAGCCAUAGUUUGGAAAAGUAAAAUAAUGAUAAUAUUGUAGUCGUACUACAUCAUCAGGAACUUCCUGGAUAGAUUUGCACUUGACAGAUAGAUCAGGUUAGUAGUCCACCUAGCAUUUUGUACCUUUCAUGUAUUAUGAUUACAUUCGAGUUGAAGGGCUAAGAGUCUGAAACUAUUUCUGAAAAAUAUAUACCCAGCAAUCUUUGAAUAACUCAGAGGGUCAUUUAACAGCCUGUACCGCUGUUCUGAAGGUAUUUCUAGAAUGACUCUUCCCUCAAUGACUCUUGUACAUGAAUGUACCCUGAUGUCCCCCUCAAAAAGACUUUUUUUAAAUCUUGAACGCACAUGAUAAUAAAAAAUAUAAUCUUUUGGGACUUUGCGGGAUACGUAGUCUUUCAACCAACUGGAAAAAUAACUAUUUUGUCCACAGCUCCAUAAAAAAAUCUUCAAUCCAGUUUCCCAAGUUGCACCUUUAUCUCCUCAUCCAAACAAAGAAAUGUCAGAAAUGUCCUUGCUGAAUUUGUACAACGUAAACCAAAAAAAACAAAGUUUUAUUAGCCUAAAUCAGUGUUACUUUUUAUUAUUUCAUAGAGAUGCAGGAAAGGAAACGGGUUAUAAAUGUUUGUGCAGUGGGUGGAAUAUUUUUUCAUCCAGAUGGACAGAAAAGUGAUUGAGGAGACUUGAACUAUUUUCAGAACAACAUUGAAUGUUUAAGGACCGUCUGGGUCUUCAAAGAUCAUUGGGUAUUUAUUAUUUCAGAAAAACGAAUGCUUAGGAGUGUGACUUGAAUAUAAUGAGAGGCACAAAGUGGGACUAGAAUUUACCAUGUUGAUUAUCAUUAACAUUACCGAAGAAACUACCAUCUCUUUAUUAGACUUUUAACAUGCAGCAAGGUUUAACCUUAUUGCUAGCAAUUAAGCAAUUAUUUCUGCGCUGUAGGAUCAUAUCCUGCCUGCACAAAAGUUAGCUAUCACCCUUUGUUGAAAUACCCACGUGGACGUCUGUUUUUCUAGAAUUCUGCUACCCAACCCAAACCUGUCAGGCCCCAUUUUGUUGCAUAAAGGUUCCGACUUGGGCCAGGUUCCUGUUUGGUUGUUUUCCAAUUUAUUAAGAAAUUCUCUUUUUUUUCUCCAUGACUGUCCCCAUUGUCUUCAUCCAUGUUUGUCAUGUGUUUCAAGUAGAUCCGCAGUGUCCAGGGAGAACAGAGUGUUUUCAUUUUCAUUUCUGCUGGGUCACAUUAAGUUGCAGGAUCAGUUCUAUUCAGUACUGUGUGUUUUCUGUCUUCAACAAAAAAUCUAUGUGGUGGGUCCAACCUUUAUUCAGAAGGGCUGUGUUCAAGAACCCACCUGCUGAAAUGUCCAUGAAUAAGACACUCAAGGAAAUAGGAUUUCAAUAGAGAAUUAGAAAAAAGAAUUCCUUUGUUCUGAGUUAAUUUACACACUGAAAAUGGACCAUGAUUGUCAGUGCUCAGAUGAAGAUUAAUUGAGAGAACGUGUGUUUUCUCUGUGUCUUCAUGUUAUUCUGUCAUGUCUUUGGUGAUUUUGUCCUGUCAAACAGUCUCAGAGGGAGUAACAUUAUUAAUUGUAAGCUCUUCCUCAUACGUCACAUUUACAUGUUGAUAACUCAUGUUUAACUCAUGUCAUGCUAAUUUCAGAAAUUUUAUGAUUACCACUGUAUAUGUACUACUCAUAUCUGCACAUUUACUUGUGUUUCGAUGCAUUUACUUGCACAAGAGAAAAUGAUUAGAGAUGGAAGCUGAGUUGUAAUUAUGUACAACAUUGGAAUAUAUAGCAAGGACCAUAUUGAGAGGUUGUGAUAAUCAUGCUGUUAUGGGGCACUUUAAAGCUCCUCAGAAUGUUCCUUUAAGGUAUAGUACUGUAUUUUUUCAGCCCAUUUCAGGUUUAGGUUGUGCUUUCUAAUGAAUAGUCAGAUUCUUCAGAUAACGAUGCAUGCAAUGAUGAAGCGAUGUUUCUACCUCAAUAGACAUUUCUGUCACUCACUGUCACUGAGAAGAACCAUCGUUGAAACAAAUCUUGUCCCCCCACCCUUCUAGACUGUGGAUGCUAGACUUGAAUCGAUCAAUGUUUAAGCAGUGUUCAGUAUGUGAAUGUUAGACUUACAGACUGUACUGUAUUUUACCAAGUGAAGUACUCAGGGGUGACUGAAAAACAACACUAAUACUUUAUUUACACAUGCAUUUAAAUGAUUAAUUACUAGAAGUGGAUGAUAAUUAUAUAAUCUGUGUCUGUUAAUGCUGAAAAAGUGAAAAACCUCCAUUAUGUUAACUGAUGUAUCAAAUAGCGCUAAAAUGAAUGAUUUGAGUUUUAUUGAAUAAAUUAUGCAUAGAACUGUUA